AGAUACUUUGUUUUUCCUCUCUGUGCUUCCUUACUUCCUGCAUACGGUAACUACAUAGAAAUUGGCUUUCUCGCGCGCGCCGCUUAUUGAUACGCGACCCUGCGCGCUUACUCUAAAACUUAGGCGGGAUUUUGAGUCCCUGCUCUUCUCGAUCUUGAUCUGGAAUGAGUCGCAAGUCCCUCUCCCUAGCAGGCAAGGGAGUUAGGAAGCGCAAAAGCGUCAGACAUAAACAGUCAGCGGGAUCAUGGCAAACUUCCAUCAAUUCUUACUUUGGGGGAAAGUCUCUUCCAAGUCAGCCAACACUGAGUCACUUUAUCCAGACCAAGCAGAAAUCAAAAGCUUCAACGAGUCAGUCUUCAGCUAGGCUACCUCUCCCCCUGGACCAAAUUUUCCUCAAUGACAGGGACAACCCAUCAUCUAACUCAGAACUACCCACCAUCAGCAAUGUUCCAUUGGAAACCAUAAGUGAGGCUGAGAAUGCUCCCCUACAUUGUACUGGUGUACAUGGAGACCUGAAGCACAGUGUGUUCAGGGAGCUAAAGUCAGAUAUUGACCCAAAUGAUGAGGAUUCACCUCAAAAUCUGAAGAGAGAUACAACAAAGUGUACCACGGUACUCAGUGAGGAGUCUCAAAAUCUCACCCCACUUGAAACUGAAUGUGAUGAGAAAUGCAGCAAAGAAGAACCAACUGAAUGUAGUGCAGAGGAACAAAGUCCUCCAAGAUCUCAAAUAGAAGUCUUUACAAUGAAACCGUCUGCCAGACUCCCAUUGUCCGAGGUAUUGGUUGAGCCCUCGUUGGUUAAAUUCAAAACGGGCCUCAACCCGUUUGCAAAACUCAAUCCUCAGUCAGCCUCUUCUCCAGUCGUUGUAUCUCACUCACCUGCACCAAGUUUGGCGAAUGAGCCAGGGCCGUCUGUGCGGAAGACGGGGUUGAGUCUCAAGAUUCGAAAACGUAGGUUUGUGAUGUCGCCAUCCAAACCCCGUCAGGAGAAACCAGUCAAACAGGUCAUGAAGGUGGACGAGAACACGCUAUCAUCUACACCUCCCCUCUUUGCCACGCCCUCACACUCUCACAUCUCCACAUCCUCCCGUAUUCCCACCCUCACAUCUCCGUCACUGUUUUCUCCUGGCGAUAGGAAUCUCUUGCAGCAAUAUUCCACUGUUAAAACAACUCCCUGUCGAAGGCUUUCACUGGCAGAUUUGGAAGGGGCAUCUGUUUGUGACAAUAGUGGAGCAGUAGUAAGUGAUAGUGAAAUCAACGAGACAUGUGUUGCAAAGUCAUGUGAUGCAACGAAGGAGAGCGCGGAUUUGCAACCAACUGAUUUUAGCUUUUCACUCUUUGAUGACGUACUAGACCAAUCGUCAUGUGACGUACCCUCAAAACCACAUGAUGUCACUACUAAGUCACAUGAUCUUUUCGACCAAUCUCACGAUUCGUUUGAUGAACUCCUUCGACAAGCGAGCAACAACUCAUUACGUAACCCCAACGACACCAAUGAAGUCACCAACUCUGACUGUUCGUUGGGUCUCAGUAGUGACAUCACCAGGGGAUCACAUGAUCUGAGUCGGCAUCUCGUUCUGGAGGUAGUGGUGCAGGAGUGGGAUGGAGGAGGGGGAGGAGGGAGGGCCAGACCAGAGCUCAUGCUACGACUGCUGGACCAGUCCACACUGAAAGAGUCUGUGGUCCAUCUCAGAGAUGAAUGA